CAGUCUGAGUAAAGUGUUCAGAAGUGAAGCACGUCGAGUGAGAUCUGUCCGCUGGGGUAAUCUCCUUGCUGCAAUGGCUGACCUCUCCAUCAAUUUCAGACGGCCUCAUGAAUUUGACAGAAGCAGGUUUAAUAAGCAGUCCAAGGGGCUGGACGCAAAGUCCGGACUGGAGACCGAGCGGCUGGACAGUGGGAUUGACUCCAUGCCGGAGGGCAGCGUGAGCAGCGUUACCGAACAAAUGGACAAUCUCAGCGUCAACUGUGAGAGUGUGCAAGAGCCGAGCCCGGCCCAGUACUGGACACAGUUCAGGAGUGAAGAUGGUGACACGUUCCUUCACCUGGCCAUACUGCACAAUUGUCCGGACAUUGCCAUCCCCCUUGUGAGGUCUAACCCAUCCAUCGUUGACCUUUGCAACUCCUCCCAACAGUGUCCGCUGCACCUGUCAGUUAUCGUCGGCUUGCCGGGGGUGACCAGGGAGCUGGUGCAGGCUGGGGCAGAUCUGGAGUGCACAGACAACCUUGGCAACACCGCCUUGCAUCUGGCGUGCGAGCAGGAAAACCUGGAGUGCGUUAGCUCGCUUCUCGAUCCGUUCCUGACGGGAGCCAGAGGGCAGCGGCAGAAUCUGGAAAAGCGCAAUUACAAUGGCUACACAUGUCUACACAUUGCAGUGAUGGGAGGAUAUUAUGAAGCAGUUCAGAAGCUGCUGGAUUCGGGAGCCGACAUUAACGCUCAGGAACCGAACAGUGGGAGGACCCCCCUGCACUUGGCGGUCGAGUUCCAGCGGCGAGAAGUGGUGCAGCUCCUCAUCGAACGCGGGGCAGACGUGAACCGGCUGAUGUACAAUGGCUGCACGGCCUUGCACCUCACUGCGGGCCGGCCCGACAUGGAGAUCCAGAGCCAGCUUUUCCAGCUGACCAACUCCUCGCUGAUACCACUGUACGAAUCCUCAGACUCCGACUCCGACACGGACUGGGACAUCCAAUCGGACUGCGAUAUGCCUCUGGAUUAUGAUGAUCUUCAAAUAGGAGGCCACUCUCUCCACUGAAUCCUUGGUACAGCACAGUGGACCUUCUCGGUCCAACUACGACAACAACCAUGUCAUUAAAAUGGAACUACCAGCAGACAAUGUACCUGCUACACUGGAUCACGGACUCUCCUGCUCUUCUCUUGAGUCCAAGCACAGCAGGUUGUUCCCUGCCUAUCCAUGGGCUCCACAAUGCUCACUGGCAUGUCAGUGUGUUGAGGGAGGAUGAAAGAGAUUGGCUAAAGCAGGAGAGGGCUGGACGGACACAAGUGCAGAAAGCUGCCGGGCAGGGGAAAAACAGACGGUUCAUCAGGCUCCAUCUGCUACCCUUCCCCCUCCCAACCCUUCAGCGGUAGAUCAUUCUAUGCUUUUUGCUAGACUUCAAAUUCCAGUGGACAUGUAUUAACUGACAAACGAGAUUGUGGGUGAGGAAGCAAAGCUGGACGUGAGUCCUGUCUCACCACCCUGUCCCUAUCAUUUCCCUCCAACUCCCCACCUUACGUAUCAGGCACAUGGUUUCUACACCCAGGCUGAGUGUUGUGGAAUAGAAGCCGUGAUGGUGGAUGGUCAUUGGGUUCAGAUCUGAGAUUUGGGUUGGUCUAGCCUUGACCAGCAUCUCUUCUAUUAAUUGUAGAUGGAAAUCUACAGGGAAAUAAGAGACACCUCAACCUAGUUCUGCUGCACAUUGGCCUGGAAGGUAGAGUCCCUUUACAUGUGGGAUUCUCAUGUAGAGAAGUCAUGGAGGGCUGGUGUUAGAACAAUGGACUCUCCUGCUUCACUCUGGUGCCCCUGACCCUGAAGCACUUGGUGCUGGGAUGAGCAGUCUGUGCUACCUUUUCUCCAGCCCUCUCUAGCUGAGUUCCACAUCUCAGUAACUCCAUGACAAAAGUAUAUUCUUCUUCAGGGACAUCUCCACUGUGGGGAAAUGGUAACAUUUCUCAGGGUUACGACUUUGAUCUCCGUUCUUUCUCACCAGC